AUGGAGAGAAAAGCAAUAGGUAUCGAUUUGGGUAUGGUAUAUUCAAGUGUUGCUGUAUUUCAACAUGGUAAAGUAGAAGUCAUUCCUAAUGAACAAUCUACUCGAAGAACACCAUCAUACGUUGCAUUUACCAAUAAUGAACGUUUAAUCGGUGAUGCAGCUAAAAAUCAAGCAGCAUUAAACCCAACUAAUACAAUAUUUGAUGCUCAACGACUUCUUGGUCGUAAAUUUGAUGAUCCAUCUGUACAAGUUGACAUGAGAAGUUGGCCAUUUAAAGUAAUUAAUGAUAACGGGAAACCGAAGUUUCAAGUUGAAUAUAAACGUAAAAUAAAAUGCUUCACACUUGAAGAAAUAAUCUCAAUGAUAUUAGCGAAAAUGAAAGAUAUAGCAGAAGCUUAUGUUGGUGAACAAAUUUCUGAAGCUGUGAUUACUGUUCCAGCUUAUUUUAAUUAUUCACAAUGUCAAGCAAUAAAAGAUGCUUGUGUUUUUGUUGGUCUGAAUGGAUUAUAUAUAAUAAGUGGAUCAACAGCUGCUGGGCUUGGUGAUAUAUAUUUGAGUGGAGAAGAUUUUGAUAAAAGAAUGGUUGCACAUUUUGUUCAAGAAUUUAUAAGUAAAUACGGUAAAGAUUUAUCACAAAAUAAGCGUGGUCUUCGUCGGUUGCGUACUGCUUGUGAGUCUGCUAAACGUACUUUAUCGUCGUCAUUCCAAGCAUUAAUUGAAAUUGCUGCAUUACAUGAAGAUAUUAAUUUCUAUUCAAUCAUAACCCGUACUCGUUUUGAAGAACUUAAUGAUAGUUUAUUUUAUUCAACACUUGAAACAGUUGAACGGGCUUUAAGGGAUGCUAGAAUGGAUAAAGCUAGCAUCCAUGAAAGUCUUUUUAUCGGUGGUUCAACACAUAUUCCACAAAUACAAAAACUUUUACAAGAUUUCUUCAAUGGAAAAGAAUUAAUGAAAGCAAUCAGUUCAGAUGAAGAAGCCGUUUAUGGUGCUGCUGUUCAAGCCGCUAUUCAGGCCUGUGAUAAAUCAGAAGAAAUUAAAGAUUUAUUAUUACUAGAUGAAAUUGAAUGUUUGAUUGCUAACGCUGAACAGUAUAAAAAAGAAGAGAAAAUACAAUGCGAUCGUAUUGAAGCUAAGAAUUUACUUGAAUCAUAUUGUUUUAAUAUGAUGGAAAAAAUUAAUGAUAAAAAAUCGGAUGAUAAAAUUAAUAUUAAUGUCAAGAAAACGAUCGAUGCUAGUGAAAAUAUAUUGUAUGCUACAAAAGAAGAAUUUGAAUGUAAAUUAAGAGAACUUGAAACAAUAUGUUCACUAGCAAUGAUGAAAAUUUACCAUACUGAAGACAGGACUGAAAAAAUUUCAAAGGCAUUAUCCGAUGAUAUAACAGGUGAGUAA